AUGGGAUCUCUCGGGCCGUAUAAGCAGAAGCACAAGGUGACCGUGGUGGGAUCUGGUAAUUGGGGCACCGCCAUCGCCAAAAUCGUCGCCGAGAAUACUGCAAGCAACCCCGCCAUCUUCGAGAAGGAUGUUCAAAUGUGGGUGUUUGAGGAGAAGGUCGAAAUUCCGAAGGAUUCCAAACACUAUGAUUCUGCUUCCCCUCUCUGCCAGGGGCCGCAGAACUUGACGGACAUCAUCAAUCAAACUCACGAGAAUAUCAAGUACCUUCCAGAAAUUGCCCUCCCGGAGAACCUGAUUGCCAAUCCGUCGCUAGUGGAUGCUGUUCAGGACAGCACUAUUCUUGUCUUCAACCUGCCUCAUCAAUUCAUUAUCAACAUCUGUGAGCAAAUUAAGGGCAAGAUUGUUCCGUACGCGCGUGGAGUUUCUUGCAUCAAGGGUGUGGAUGUAAAUGAGGAAGGUGUUCACCUGUUUUCCGAAACCAUUGGCAAAAUUCUUGGGAUCUACUGCGGCGCUCUGUCAGGGGCCAACAUUGCCAACGAAGUCGCACAGGAGAAGUGGUCCGAGUCUAGCAUUGGCUAUGAUCCCCCGCACUUUGACUCGAAAGCCCCGUCGCCUAAUCGAUCACCCUCCGCAUCUACCGAUAACAUCCUACACUUCGAGCACAAGGAUGUUUCGGGGCAACUUUCGCGGGUGAAGCUACAGGCUCUGCCCUCUGAGUUCCCUCCUAUUGACCAUACCCUACUUAAGUCUCUCUUCCACCGUCCUUAUUUCCACAUCGGCGUGGUAAGCGAUGUGGCUGGUGUCUCGUUGGGAGGCGCUCUCAAGAAUGUCGUCGCUGUCGCGGCAGGCUGGAUUGUCGGCAAAGGAUGGGGAGACAAUGCCAAGUCUGCGAUCAUGCGAGUUGGUCUCUUGGAAAUGGUAAAAUUUGGUGAACAGUUCUUCGGAGCGACCAUUAACACCCGGACGUUCACUGAAGAAAGUGCCGGUGUUGCCGAUUUGAUUACCAGCUGUAGUGGCGGGCGAAACUUCCGCUGCGCAAAGCUCAGCAUUGAGAGAAACCAACCAAUUGAGAAGAUCGAGGAAACGGAGCUCAACGGCCAAAAGCUGCAAGGCACGCUGACUGCGAUCGAAGUCAACAGCUUCUUAAAAAAGCAAGGUUUGGAAGACGAGUUCCCACUGUUUACUGCAGUCUACCGGGUCCUCCAAGGCACCAUGUCCGUUGACGAGAUCCCAUCUUUCAUUGAGCGGGUCAAUAUUGAAUCACGGUACAAUUUGACGGAGCUUUGCAUCUCAGAAAUGCCUGGCGAAACCUUUUACCUGCUUCCCUUGAACGACGAUGGCUCUCCGGAUGUGCCUGGAGGUUAUAUUUAUCUUCCGCCACCGGACGACCCGAAAUACUCGCUCCGUUUCCUUAUCGAAGGAAGCAGCUCAAUAUGCAAAGAUGGAACGCUUUGGAUAAACAUACCUGAAAAGGGUCAGUCGUUUGACCGUCGGUCGUUCCGCGCUUUCAAGUUAUCUCCAGACUUUAGCAAAAACAUUCAAAUCGACGUACCAGUCACUUACCCCGGGUCUUUUGCAUACUACGUGACCUACUCGCCGCUCCCAGAGUUCACUGUCACAUCCAGUGCCCCGUCAGAGCCGGCAAGGACGCCCACUCAUUACAUCGAUGUCUCCCCCAGACUCAGUCUCGGCGGCCAAGGUAUACCACUCAAUGCGCUGUCGAUAUUUUCGGUGAACUCCAAAUUCAUGGGUAAGUACCCUGAAGACUGGGACAGGUACCUGAGCAGCAUCUCCAGACGCAAGUACAAUAUGGUUCAUUUUACGCCGUUGAUGAAGCGAGGUGCAUCGAAUUCGCCGUACAGCAUUUUCGAUCAGCUCCAGUUCGACGACGUUGCAUUCCCGAACGGAGAAAAAGACGUUCAGAGACUCGUCGAGGAUAUGGAGGGAAAACACUCCCUGCUGUCGCUUGCUGAUGUCGUCUGGAACCACACUGCCAAUAACAGCAAAUGGCUUGAGGAACACCCAGAGGCCGGAUAUAGCGUUGAGACUGCUCCUUGGCUCGAAGCGGCAUUGGAACUAGACACCGCACUACUGAAAUUCGGUGAGGAACUACAAUCUCGCGGUCUGCCAACUGAUAUAACGACCGUCGACGACCUGGCACUCGUCAUGAAUGAGGUUAAAACCCGCGUUAUCGAAGACCUUCGCCUGUGGGAGUACUAUGUCAUCGACGUGAAGAGUAAUGCUAAGACGAUAAUCAAUCAGUGGCAAGUAACAAAGCAAGUCAACUCGAAAAGUGAAAAAUGGGCGCUCGACCUAGAAAGCUACGAAAAGUGGUCUUUGAAAGAUCAAACGAGCCUCAUUCGCCAAAAAGGAAUCCCAACUGUCAGCCAGAUCCUCGGAAGAUACGGUCGAAAAGUCGAUACCCAACUCGGGGUGGCCCUUGUCACUGCACUAUUUGGAAAGUUCGACUCAACAUCGUCAGACCUCGCUUACGUGGAGAACGCCCUGCGCAAACUGCUCGACGUAGUCAAUGUGCCACUCUACGAGGAGUACAACUCAGAUCUUUCUGAAAUCAUGAACCAGCUUUCCAACCGUAUCAAAUAUCUGAGGAUGGACGAUCAUGGACCCAAACUUGGUCCUGUGACCAAAGAAAAUCCUCUUAUAGAGUCGUAUUUCACAAGGCUACCUCUAAACGAUGUCACUAAGAAACACAACCCGAAAGCAUUAGCCCUCGCGAACAAUGGCUGGAUAUGGAACGCAGAUGCUAUGCGCGACAACGCCGGGCCUGACUCUAGGGCAUACCUGCGUCGAGAAGUUAUUGUCUGGGGAGACUGUGUUAAACUACGAUAUGGAAGUGGACCUGACGAUAGCCCUUUCUUAUGGGACUUUAUGACAAGAUACACUCGCCUGAUGGCCAAAUACUUUUCCGGCUUCCGUAUAGACAAUUGUCACUCCACUCCUUUGGUGGUUGCGGAAUACCUGAUUGAUGAGGCACGAAAGGUCCGCCCCGACCUUGCGAUCUUUGCCGAACUAUUCACGGGGUCUGAAGAGGCCGAUUAUAUUUUCGUCAAGCGUCUCGGCAUUAACGCACUCAUUCGCGAGGCCAUGCAAGCUUGGAGCACAGGAGAGCUAAGCCGCUUGGUGCACCGUCAUGGUGGUCAUCCCAUCGGUAGCUUCGAACUAGAUCUAGCUGCACCAGGCCUAGAUUUUUCCAAGUCCCGCGCCAACGGCAGCGAAACAGAAGUCAUACGUAGUAUACGCCCAAUCCCGGUUCCAGCAUUGUUUAUGGACUGCACGCAUGACAACGAAAUGCCAGCUCAAAAGAGAACUGCGACGGAUACAUUGCCGAACGCGGCUCUUGUAGCUAUGUGUGACUCCGCCAUUGGAAGCGUUAUGGGCUAUGAUGAGAUCUACCCAAGAAUUGUGGAUCUUGUGCACGAAACCCGACUAUAUUCAUUCUCUGAGCUUCCAGAAUCUCCGACCAUUGAUGAGCUGGCUGACCUUGAGGGCAUCUGCGGCUUGAAACGUCUAUUGAACGAACUCCAUACCGUGAUGGGCCAGGAGGGAUAUGCUGAAACCUUCAUUCACCACGACGGUGAGUAUAUCACCGUUCAUAGAGUCCAUCCACAAACCCGGAAAGGCAUAUUCUUGAUCGCACAUACAGCUUUCCCGGGCCAGGAUAGCGGGGCCAUCCUUGCUCCUACCCACCUUGCAGCUACACAAGUCAAACCAAUUGGGACAUGGCGUCUUAAGGUUCAGGAGGGAUCCAGUGAUAAAGAGUGUGCUCUGUCGGACGAGACCUAUCUUCAAGGAUUGUCGAGCGAGGUCCUAAAAUUUGAAGGAACUAAGGUUGAGGAAACAAGCGGCGACACCAUAAUUUCGGUCUUGGAUUCGUUCGUCCCAGGUUCCAUUGCUCUCUUUGAAACAUCUAUUCCGAGUCUCGAGCAUGCAGCUGAAUUAAGUAAUGAUGGCAUGACUGAAGGCGCAGCUGAGGCUUUCUCGGAGCUGAAUUUAAUUGACCUGAACUUCGUGCUCUACCGUUGUGAGGCUGAAGAGCGUGACUCAAGCGGCGGUCAGGAUGGCGUCUAUAACAUUCCGAACCACGGCCCACUAGUCUAUGCUGGUCUUCAGGGAUGGUGGAGCAUUUUGGAGGGCAUCAUCAGAUAUAACGAACUGGGGCAUCCGCUGUGUGAUCAUCUUCGGCAGGGUCAAUGGGCUCUUGACUACAUUGUCAACCGCUUAACAAAGGCCACGGAGAACCCCCAGUAUGCCGCUUUGAAGCUUCCCGCUCAAUGGUUGAAAGCAAAAUUCCAGGCCGUGCGCGGCUUGCCGAGUUUUCUUCUACCUCGAUACUUUGCUAUCAUUGUCCAAACUGCCUAUGUCUCUGCCUGGAACAGGGGUAUACAGCUCCUCGGGGACGAUGUGCGGGUUGGCCAGGUGUUCAUUCAACAACUCGCCAUGGUGAGCGUGCAGCAGACUGGUUUUGUGAACUCCGCAUCUCUGUGGCCUGAAAAACUAGUUCCGAGUCUCGCAGCUGGUCUGCCCCAUUUUGCAACAGACUGGGCUAGAUGCUGGGGUCGAGAUGUCUUUAUAUCUCUAAGAGGCCUACUUCUGUGUACCGGCAGAUUUAUUGACGCCAAAGAGCAUAUCCUCGCUUUUGCCAGUGUGCUCAAGCACGGCAUGAUCCCGAACUUACUGGGCAGUGGUAAACUUCCGCGCUAUAACUCACGCGAUUCCAUAUGGUUCUUGCUGCAGGCCAUUCAGGACUACACGAAGAUGGCACCUGAUGGUCUUGAGUUGUUGAACGACAAGACUCCCAGACGGUUUCUGCCGUAUGAUGACACGUGGUUUCCAUUUGAUGACCCUAAAGCAUACUCGCAAAGUUUGACUAUUGUGGAUGUAAUCCAAGAAGUGCUCCAGCGCCAUGCGCAGGGAAUCUCCUUCCGUGAGUAUAAUGCAGGUCCCGAGCUUGACGUGCAGAUGAAGUCAGAGGGGUUUCAGAUUGAGAUCAGCGUGGACUGGGGAACAGGUUUGAUCUUCGGCGGAAGCCAGCACAACUGUGGGACAUGGCAGGACAAGAUGGGAGAAAGCGAUAAAGCUGGCAACAAGGGCGUGCCAGGGACUCCACGAGAUGGUGCAGCGAUCGAGAUUACCGGACUCGUUUACAGCGCUCUAAAAUGGGUUACGAGCCUUAACGAGCAAGGUCUCUACCCAUACGACAAAGUUGACAUUGGAAACGGAAAGUCUAUCACCUUCAAAGAAUGGGCUGCUAAGAUCAAAGCGCACUUCGAGCGUUGCUACUACAUACCGCUGGAUCCGAACGAAGACGAUCAAUACGACGUUGAUCCCAAGAUCGUCAACCGCCGUGGUAUCUACAAGGACCUCUAUAAGUCCGGCAAGCCUUAUGAGGACUACCAACUUCGCGCAAACUUCCCAAUUGCGAUGGUGGUGUCUCCUGAACUUUUCGAACCGUCAAAAGCGCUCGGCGCCCUGGCCCUUGCCGACUCUAUGCUUGCUGGGCCUUUAGGCAUGGCUACGCUUGAUCCAUCUGAUCUCAACUACCGGCCAGACUAUAUUAACUCGGAAGACUCAACAGACUUUGCCACGUCCAAAGGCAGGAACUAUCAUCAAGGCCCGGAGUGGGUGUGGCUUCGAGGAUACUUCCUCCGUGCGCUCUUGUACUUUGAUCUUGCUCGGCGAAAGACUGCAGAUGAGCGAACAGAAGCAUUUCAGCAGGUAACCAGGCGACUAGCGGGCUGUAAAAAGGCGCUGAGAGAAAGUCCCUGGAAGGGUCUAACAGAGUUGACCAACAAGAAUGGAAAUCAUUGUGCAGACUCGUCACCCACUCAGUCAUGGUCGGCCGGAUGUUUGCUCGAUCUGUAUUACGACGCCUCACGAUAUAGUACUUAG